AUGCACAUACAUGCACACAUAUGUACACACAUGCACACACACGCACACACAAGCACAAACACGCGCACACACGCAAACAAAUGCACACACACACGCAAAUACAUGCACAUACAAACGUACAUACACACACGUAAACGUGCACAGAGACAUAUUACGUGA